UUAAUCAAGCGCGUGUCUGACCAGGUAUAAAUACGCAAUCUGUCCUGAACGAGAGUCUCUCUCUUUUCUUUUCCACCAGUAAAACCAGAGACGCUGCUUUAAUCGCGUGUGUCGGCAGUAGACAGACCCUCCUCUUCUUCAAGUCUUCAUCAUGGUGGAUCAGUUUGUUGGGACCUGGACUCUGAUUGCCAGCGAGAACUUUGAUGAAUACAUGAAGGCGAUCGGUGUGGGACUCGCCACCCGGCAAAUGGGCAACUUGGCAAAGCCGAACCUGGUCAUCGGCGUGGACGAGGCCGGGCUCAUUUCGAUGAAGUCCGAAACUACGUUCAAGACCACGGAGUUCAAAUUCAAGCUCAACGAGGAAUGUGACGAGACCACCGCGGACGGCCGCACGACCAAGACCCUCGUCACUCUGAAGGAUGGCAAACUGGUGCAACAGCAGACGUGGGAUGGAAAGACCACCACACUGGAACGAGAGAUCCAAGGUGGAAACAUGAGCGCUAAAUGUGUCAUGGAUGACGUGGUUGCAGUGAGGACCUAUGCAAAAAAAGCGUGAUUAACCCGUUUAGACUGGCCCUUUACUAUAUGCCAAAUGCUCUGAGCUAUUGCCAAUAAAGUCUGAACUCUGACACACUA